AUGCCUAAACGUCAACUAUCUGGUCAUCAGAAAAGAAUAAAGAAGCAAAAGACAGAAGCAUUAAUAAAUUCUCAAAAAGGGGCUAUUAAAAAGUUCUUUUCAAGCAACGAAAAUGUACAAAGUUCAGUCGAAGAACACGAAAAUUUGGUGAUUGAUGUCGCUGAAAACUUGGAGAAUGAAGAACAAGUAGAAGAAGAAUGUGGGGAUUUGGGCAGUUCUUUUCAAGCAACGAAAAUGUACAAAGUUCAGUCGAAGAACACGAAAAUUUGUUCGAGGGAUGUCAAUCAAAAUGAAGACUUGAAUGUUGAAUGCUCUCCUGUGAACAUUGAUGAUCCAUGUAAUUGGGAUAACAUGGAUCAAAAAUUAAGGGACUUAUUGGUUGAAAGAGGUCCCGUAAGAAGAAAUGGUGAUGCUACCUUUCCUAAGGAUGACAAUGAGAAGAGUAGACAUUUCUCUUCUGUGCACUAUAUUCGCCAUUUACCCAAUGGAGAGAAACAUGAUAGAAAAUGGUUAGUAUAUUCGGAGGCCUUGAAUAAAGUAUUUUGCUUUUGUUGCAAAUUAUUCAAGAAUGAAGGAAACAAGACUCAAUUGGCCAAUGAUGGAUUUCAAGAUUGGAAAAAUAUUGGUGAUAGGAUUAAAAGUCAUGAAACUAAUUGGGAGCACCUCACGUGCAUGAACAAAUGGAUUGAGUUAGAGAGAAGAUUUCAGAAGAAUCAAACAAUUGACAAAAGUGUUCAAGAAUGA